AUUUCUUUUUUUUUUCUUUUUCUUCUUUCUUUCUUUCUUCCCCCAGCACUUUCGCGUGUCUGCUCUGUUUUUCUUCUCCUCUGCAGCCGGUCAUCCCCAGCCAUAACCGAAGCCUCCAUCUGCAAAUUUGAAAAGUCGUCGGAUCUGCUCUGCUUCUUCCCCCUCUGCCGCCGGCUGCUACUGGUUUUUCCUGUGGUCCCGUGGAAGCCCCUGCAAUUCUUCCCGUCGGCACCUCUUCAUCCCGCCAGCUCCAGCUUUGCUUGUUGAGCAUUUCUGGUCCUUGAUUGCCUUGUGAUCCUAGUGCUGGGAUUAGGCCUUCUGUCCUGAGUAAUUAAGGUAAGUAAAUUAUGAAUUCCAGAAGUUGAUGAAGAACAAGGGAUUCGAUGGUACUGCAGGUUUUGAGCAGGUAGAAUCGUGGAUCACCGAGGUAGAGCGGGGAUUUCACCUACUGCAUGUUUCUGAUGACCUUAAGGUCAAUGUAGGCACUUACAUGCUUUCUGGGAAGGCAUUAACUUGGUGGGUGAGUUAUAUGAAGCUACACCAAGGGGAGCCUGAACUGAGCACCUGGGAGGGUUUCAAGAAGGUGUUCAUGCGGGAGUUCAUACCGGACAGCAAGAGGCGAGAACUGCAAAGGAAAUUUACAGAUCUAAAACAAGGGUCAAGUACUGUUGAGCAGUACAAGGAGGAGUUUGACCGCUAUCUGCCUUUUGUGGGUAGCCAAGUCGACGAUGAGCAAGCCAAGGCCGACAAAUUUCUGUGGGGCUUAAAUUCUGACAUUUAUUUGGCGGUAAACCAAUUUGAACCCGCCACUUAUCGAGAGGCUGUGGACAGAGCUAUAAAUCAGGAGAAGGCUAUGGCUAGGGUCAAGUCCUCAGGGCAGCCUAGUGGUGGGUCAUCCCUUGGGAAGAGGAAAUUUGAUGGGAGCCGUCGGUCCCUUUUCCUUGCACCGCCUAGGUCUGAAAUCAGCAAGGGUUCUAGAUGGUCAGGAGCCACCAAGACAGCGAGUCAGGCAUCAACGGCCCAGCGUGCUCAUCCUACUCAGCUUGUUUGCCAUGGUUGUGGGAAGGUCGGGCACACCCGGGAUCAAUGCCACGCUGCUACUGGGGCUUGUUUCAAAUGUGGCAAGCAGGGACACCGAAUUGCAAAUUGCCCACUGCUAGACCCCAAAGCCCAGAGUACUCAGCCUACCUCCCCGCAGAGUUCUACCAGUCAGGGGGCGCAGAAACAGAGUACCGGGGUUCGGACAAGAGCCCAGCAGGCGAGAGUGCAAGUGAUGACUCAUAAGGAAGCUGCGGCCACCGACGUAAUCACGGGUACCUUGCCUGUUAACUCUGAUUAUGCGCAUGUUUUAUUUGAUUCGGAUAUUUUUAUCUCACGAUUUCCUUGUCCACCAUUUCAGGUAGUGAGACCCGACGCGUGGGAAGCCCGGGAGAGUGACGAGCUAGACGGCUAGGCACUUUUGGACUUAGGUUUUUGUAGCUAAGCCGUUAGUCACCAUGCUUGACAUAGAAAAUUUUGUGUACAGGAUUUAGUGUUAGUCAUGAUUGUAUAUAUAAAGUGAUAAUUUUGUACAUUCACUGGUAACUAUUUGGUAAAGUAAAAGGCUUAGAUUUGA